UGCUUUUUCCCUCAUGCACAGAGUGUGUAGCAAUGCAAGAGAUCCUUGGUGAGCACAGCUGCUUGCCUGAUAUGCCUUUGCAAUAUGCACGUUUGUGUACGUCCACAUACCUCUGUCUUUCCACUGGCUUCACCUGUCCCUGAGAACCCCACUUCCUGAGUGACCCUCGCCCUGUGCUGCCGACAGCUGCCCUUCUUCUGUGCCUCUGCCAGGGAACUUGCCUGCCAUGUCCUGUGGGGGUGUAUUGCACUCCCAGCCUCCCAGCGGCUGCUAGAUGUCCCAGCAAGCAGGACGAUGUUUGAACGCCCGGGUCUGAGUCCCGGAGAUACCAGACGGCUCCAUGUCUGCGAGAGAACAAACCUGCUUCUUGUUGAAUUUAACAGAGUUUCUUGUUCCAGCCGGGAUGCCAUGGAAGCCGAGCUGUGGACAGGACGAGGCUACAGUGCCCCCUGGAUGUACCACAGUGUGGCUGGGCAGUACACGCUCUUGGACAAGCAACUAGUCUCUGAUUUUUCUCCCGCUCGACGUGGCCUGGGCGCCCGCGUCCUGCAGGAUUCAACCAACUGGCACGAUGCUCAACUCUUCCCGCCUCGCUGGGGCCCGCGGAGGCCGGAGGGCCACUGGUUCUCGGGGAAGGAUCCGAGCAAGGCGGCACCUUCCCCCAAGGCGCAAAGGCAGCCUAACCCUCCUUACGACGGGCUGCCCCCGAUGUGCAGGAGAGACGUGAGCAGCAAUGCGGCAAGGGGCCCCGCCGAAGGCUGCAAAUGGAGCCGUCGAGGAGCCCCCAAGAGCAAAGGCGAGCUCCCUGCCCGGGCCCCUCCAAGCUACGAAGCCCACAUGCUGCUGCGUCUCCGGGCUGGCCCGGGCCCCCGGAAGGAGAACUGGCCUCGCCCGCCGCCCUAUAUUGCUCCACCAUCCUACGAGGCGCCCCACCGCACCGUGCAGCCCAAGCAGCGCGCCAGCAAGGAAGCCUCGACGGCGAAGCAGAGCCAGGCGGAAGCCCCCAAGAAAAGCCGCGAGGGAACCAAGAGAGCCUGCGAGUCCGGACCGGCGGCGGGGCGGAAGGCAGGGCGAAGCCCGUCGAAGCUGCCUGGUAGCUGGAGCUACCUCUCCGGAGCCACGACGUGGGGAGGAGGCUUCGGGGCGCAGCCGGAGCGAGCAGGGUCCCGCUACCCUUUGGGGUCCUGCUUGGACGCGAGCCCCCAGCACCGGGGCCACACCCUGCCCAGGGCAACGAAGAGGGGCGAGCCUGGCCGACCCCACCCUGGCAGUCCCCUCCAGCACACGCUCCCUGCUGGCUGGGGCUUCAGCCACGCAGCUGGCCGGCCUGAAGCUGCCGUCGGAGGUGAGAGCAAAGCAGCGGGCGAGCAGCUUAGGUGCAGGUUCCCCAAGUGGAAGGAGCCGGGAGGGAGCCACGCUGCCGCGUCUCACAGAUCGACGCCCCGAAGGCGCGGGGGUCUGUUUGUCAUCGACGCCACGUGCGUGGUGAUCCAAGCCCACUACAUCCCGCCCCCUCGGACGGAGAGGGUCCGCUACUUGGGCCGCGAAGAGACCGGCGCAGCCCCGCCGCCCGGCUCCCCGGCCCCGGCGUCGAUGGAGGAGCGAGCUGCCCGCAUCCUGGGUCUCCCCGUCAGCGAGCUGGGCUUCGCCGGGGCGGGAGGAGGAGAGGCCUCGGGGUCAGGGAGCCCUGCGCGCGGGGCUGCGGGGAGCUGCGCCAGCGACGCGGCUCCUUUCGGGGAUGCGCCUGCAGUGGGGCAGCCUGCCGGGCCUCCUUCCGCCCCGGCCAGCCCCGCGAAGCCCUUAGCACCCCCCGCCCCCGACGGGUCCCAGGCUGGGCCUACAGAGCUGGCAGGGCCGGCGUGCCCCAGCCCGAGAGGGGCGGCCGCUCCUGGCCAGGAAGGCGGCUGCCCGCCCCGAGGCGGGAAAGAAGCCGGAGCAAAGCCCGCGCUGCCCUCGCCAAGCAGAUCCUACGUCCGGGAUCUGAAGGAAGCCAUGUCGAGGAUCCGCCGGCACACCGCGCCGGAUUCGGACACGGACGAGGAGCUGGAGCAGGAGUGGCCGCCGGCCUCCGGGCGAGCGGCCUGGAAGGGGCGGCUGGGCGAAGGGGCCCUCUCCUACAGCAGCAGCAGCAGCCUCGACAGCAGCUGUUCCAAUGCCACCGUGGUGCCCGGGAGUGCCCCCCCUGGCCUGCGGAACGGGCCCGAGUCCGGCUGGGAGCUGCAGGCUGUGGGUGGAAGGGGCUUGGGCCGGGCCGAAGCAGGGCCACAGCCAUGAAAUGGAUGAGAAGAGAGGCUGUGAAACCCACGGCAGAGCCCCAUACCCGCCCUCACCCCCCACCCAGUCUCCCAAGUGCCUGGUACCCCUAUGCCUCUGCCCAGCCCCCUCUCCUUGCCACACAGGCUCAGGGACACACGUGUGUUCAGGGCUGUGGGGUGCGGACGCGGAAGGACAUAUAGACGUGGUUGUGACACUUCCCAUAUCAGGUUCUGUACUCCAGUGUGUGUUUGGUGUAAGAAUGGAGCCUACAUGUUCAGAGGCAGUACUGUAUAUAUCUGAUUAUUAGAUGCUAGGGAGAACCUAGAGAGGAUAGCCAUCGCUGUAACGCCCUAUAAUGCUGAACCUCCCAGGAACCUCCUUGCCUGACCUUAGUUCAGGGAUGGGGAACCUUAGGCCUCAGGGUCAGGGCCAAUUGUGGCCCUCCAGG